UUCCACCGUUCCUGGACAUUUCUUAGUAGGCCCCUAUAUGACACUUCCAAAUUAUUUUUUUCACUUAUGACAAAUUCUUUGAUAUAAUAAAUAAACACUAAACAGAACUACAGAAUCAUUAUUAUUCACAAACUACUAUAAUCAUGUUCCUCAAGCUUGCGUUCAUGUUGUUUUUUCAUGUUACAUUGGUAGCAAGUAAAGAUAACAGUUUCAUCUAUAAUGGUUUCCAAUCAUCACAUUUAUAUCUUGAUGGUAUUGCUAAUUUAACCUCCAAUGGCUUACUUAGACUCACCAAUGAUACCAAGCAAGAAAAAGCACAUGCUUUCUAUCCAAAUCCUAUAGUUUUCAAGAACACUUCUAAUGGAAGUGUUUCUUCUUUCUCAACUACUUUUGUGUUUGCCAUAAGACCUCAAUAUCCAACUCUUAGUGGCCAUGGAAUUGUUUUUGUUGUCUCUCCUACAAAAGGGCUACCAAAUUCACUACAAAGUCAAUACCUUGGUCUCUUUAACAAAUCCAACAAUGGAAAUAGUAGCAACCAUGUUUUUGGUGUUGAACUUGAUACUAUUAUUAGUAGUGAGUUUAAUGAUAUCAAUGAUAACCAUGUUGGUAUUGAUAUCAAUGAUUUGAAAUCAGCUAAAUCAACUCCUGCAGGAUAUUAUGAUGUUAAUGGUCAACUCAAGAAUUUGACCCUUUUCAGUGGCAAUCCUAUGCAGGUAUGGAUUGAAUAUGAUGGUGAAAAGAAAAAGAUUGAUGUUACUUUAGCUCCAAUUAAUGUUGUUAAACCAAAACAACCUUUGUUGUCAUUGACCAGAGAUCUUUCUCCAAUUUUAAACAAUAGUAUGUAUGUUGGAUUUUCAUCAGCUACUGGUUCAGUUUUCACUUCUCAUUAUAUUCUUGGUUGGAGUUUUAAGGUUAAUGGUCAAGCUGAAAACCUUGUAAUCUCUGAACUUCCUAAGCUACCAAGAUUUGGUGAGAAAAAAGAGUCCAUGUUUUUAACUGUUGGAUUGCCUUUGGUUUUGCUAAGUUUGGUUUUCAUGAUAACCUUAGGGGUUAUUUAUUAUAUCAAAAGGAGAAAGAAGUUUGCUGAGUUGCUUGAAGAUUGGGAGCAUGAAUAUGGCCCUCAUAGGUUUAAGUUCAAAGAUUUGUACUUUGCCACAAAGGGUUUCAAGGAAAAGGGUCUAUUAGGAGUUGGUGGAUUUGGUAGAGUCUACAAAGGUGUGAUGCCAGGUUCCAAACUUGAGGUUGCAGUGAAGAGGGUUUCACAUGAAUCAAGACAAGGGAUGAGGGAAUUCGUGUCGGAAAUUGUUAGUAUCGGUCGUCUUCGUCAUAGGAAUCUUGUUCCACUUCUCGGCUAUUGCAGGCGAAAAGGUGAGUUGCUUCUGGUCUAUGAUUACAUGCCUAAUGGAAGUCUAGACAAUUAUCUAUACAACCAACCAAGAGUGACCUUGAAUUGGAGUCAAAGAUUUCGAAUCAUCAAAGGUGUUGCUUUGGGUUUGUUUUAUCUACACGAAGAAUGGGAGCAGGUUGUGAUUCAUAGAGACAUAAAGGCUAGCAAUGUGUUAUUAGAUGGUGAAUUGAAUGGUAGAUUAGGAGAUUUUGGUCUUGCAAGGUUGUAUGAUCAUGGUGCUGAUCCUCACACAACUCAUUUGGUUGGAACUGUAGGGUAUCUAGCACCUGAACAUACUAGAACAGGUAAGGCUACUAAAUUUUCUGAUGUGUUUUCUUUUGGUGCAUUUCUUCUCGAGGUUGCUUGUGGUAGAAGGCCUAUUGAAAAUGUAGCGGAAAAUGAAUGCGUAAUUUUGGUUGAUUGUGUCUUUGAGUGUUGGAAAAGGGGUAAUAUUCUUGAGGCAAAAGAUGUAAAUUUGGGGACAAACUAUGUGUCUGAAGAGGUUGAAUUGGUGUUGAAACUUGGUUUGUUGUGUUCACAUUCAGAACCUUUGGCUAGACCAGGUAUGAGACAAGUUGUACAGUAUUUGGAAAGGGAUAUACCUUUACCAGAUUUGUCUUUGCUUAGUUUAUCUUCUUCUGGUUUAACUUUUGGGUACCAAGAAUUUUUUGAGGACUUUCCUUUGUCUUAUCCUUCUUCUAUGGGCAACACAAUGUCACACACCUCUGUGUCUAUUGCUGAUUCACUUCUCUCUGGUGGUCGUUAGAUUUUGGUAAAAUGGAUUAAGGAGAGUUUGUUAAAUCAAAUGUAAAAUCAUAUUUGAGUUAAUAGUGUAACAAAUACAUGAAAUCGUGUUUUUAUGUAUCCAAAAUAGUACCAGUUACAUGUCAUUAUAUGCCUUAGAAAUGUUAUUACAAUGGAUACCAUAGUAUAAGCCAGCAUGGCAGCAUAACAUUUUAGCUACAAGCAACACUGAACUAAUUUUGCACAACA